AUGCAGGUUCUUGAAGCUCCUGGUCUGCAGCGUGAGAAACGUCUUCCAGCUAACCCUCACUAUGCCAAAUCCAAAGAUCACUCUCUACGUGGACGUGAUCAGUCCAUUCGCAUACAUCGCGUUCCACGUGUUGAAGGCAAGCGCAUAUCUCCGCACUACUCCAGGAACUGGUCUAAUUCAGACCUUCAGAAUUCACCGACAUUCGCCAAGGUCGACGUCACCUAUGUCCCGAUCUUACUAGGAGGUCUGAUGCAGGCCUGCGAUAAUUCGCCUCCUAUCAACAUCAAGAACAAGGACAAAUGGAUCAACAAAGAGCGCGAGAGAUGGGCUACCUACUUCUCCGUGCCCAUAGCAGAUAGGCCGCCUGACGGUUUCCCGGCCCCUGCGAAGAUGCCUGCUGCGCUUGAGGCUCUGUAUCGUGCAUUCUGGGUUGAAAGAAAUUCUACAGUUGCGGAACCAGAGGGCUUUCUUCCGAUUCUGGAGAAUGUCCUCGGCAAGCAUGAUACGGAGGAGAUUCUUUCAGCUAUGGGCCAACCGGAUGUCAAAGGUCUUUUGAUGUCGAACACAGAUCAGGCAUUCAAGGAGGGAGCCUUUGGUCUUCCGUGGUUUGUGUGCACGGAUGCUAAUGGCAAGACAGAAGGUUUCUGGGGGGUGGAUCAUCUCGGCCAGGUGGCUGAUUUCCUGGAUUUGAAUCGCAGAGACGCAGGUUUCAAGGCCCUUCUGUGA